CCUGGACUGUGACGAAGCAUUGUGCAGUACCUGGCAUCUCAAACAUGUUUCAAGACUCCAGUUUGACCACGCCUUCUGAGCCGGGUUAUAAAAGCAGAGAGCAGACGCACGCUUCUCAGCAUAACAGGUUACAGACAAUGGGAUUUGAGUCAAGUGCUUAUUUUUAUUGACGAUGAGUCGGCAGCUACAGUUCUUUUUCUACGUUUCAAUCGACAUUUUUUUACGCAGAGUUCCUGCCAUAUUUAAUUUCAUUCUGUUGAGUAUUUUUCUGAGAGAAAAAAAAUGCCUUUUCCACCGAUCAAUCUGCACCAGCGCAUGAGUUCUCCAGGGAAGGAGUUGUUCAGGAAGAAGAGGUCCAACGUCGUGCCUCCACAGUCUCUGCACGGUAAAGCACGGGACGAGAAAGAGGCGGAAAAGGAAAGGUUUUCCAGCUCCUGGCCAUCAGCAAACCUGAAAGAGCUGGGUGUCCAUCCUCAACCGAGGAGCAAUCGUCAGACGCCCAGAGCGCCCGGAAACCUGGGAGUGGAGUGCAAGACCUCCUGGCUGACGUUGCCCAAACCCCUAGCGAGCUCCUGCGACAGCAUGCCAGUCUCAAGCUCGGGGGAGUCUGCAAUUCGGAAAAGCAGCAAAAAUUCCUCCCGAAGCUCUCUCGUGAAGGACGGAGUCGAAGAAGAAAUUCAUUUCUCCCUGAGCCUCACCCCAGAAGCAAUCCUGGUCAUCCAGAAGCGCAACCUGGAAAAGCAGCUCUUGGCGAAGCAGCAGAAAUGCGCCGUGCCUUUUGUGUCCUCAGACUCGCGGCACAGGCGGCCGCUUCCUAGCAAAAGAGCGCCGGGCGCUAAAAGUACCGCAGCUGUCGCCAAAUGGGAUAGCCACAAUGACAUCAGGACGCUUGUUAAAGUGUCCCUGUUGAAUGAUCAAUAUAAAUACGACGACGUGGAGUAUGAGGAAGAAGACUGUGAUGUCGAUGAGACUGUUGUGAGGAAAUGUAAAGAGUGGCUGGAAGGAGUUGAAAAUGCAGCUGCUUUGGGGAAAGUGGACAAAUUGGCGACGUUGCCGCAUUUGAAUAGCUGCUAACAACAGAAAGCACUCACUGACGCAGUGAUUUUCUGUUCAGAAAACUGUUACUAACCUAGAGGUUUUGACGGCGUGGCGUGUGCAGGCUAAACAAACAGAUCUAAAGGCACCUCACAAAGCAGCCAGUUGUCACCGCGCGGUAUUUAAUUCUGAUGUGUGAGACCUAUUGAGGUUUAAUUUCUAUAACAGAACGAGUCCAGCUGUAAAAUACAUUUUGAAAGCAGCAGCUUGAAAGCAGGUCUUUUGACUGGAAUUAUGAAAAUGCGUAAAAUAAAAAACCCUUUCAUUGUCUUAAUACCCGUAUGCGUCUGCGCAAAAUAUUCAAUAUGUUGUUCAGCGUAGCAGAGAACAAAAGCCAACAGAACAUUAAGCUUAGACGUGCACUCAGGCGACAUUUUCCAGUUUGAUUUGGCAAUCCUGCAUAAAGGACUUUCAAUGUUACAAGGGGUGCCGAGAACAGAUGUCAUUGUUUAGUUAAAACGUUGUAUAUACUGUAAAUAGCGAUGUUUUGUACAAUAUAUUUAUUGUUAAUAAUUGUUUUCACACGUGUAAAUUCAUUUUUUUCUCAGUUUGUAAACUGUCCAAAAUAAAACGAAAAGUGUCUUCAUA